AUGGGCGGAGUGAUCACUCUUUUCAUUCUUCUUCUAACGAUUCUAUUUUAUGUUUCCUUGUUGGUAAACUCGGUCAUUGCUGUUAAUCCAAGUGGGUUUAGCAUGAAGAUGUUUCAUAGAGACUCCAAAGAAUCACCACUAUAUCCAGGAGAUCAUUUAACACAAGAUGAAAGAUUCCAAAGGCUUGUCAAGCAAUCCAAAGAUAGAGCACGUUAUAUUGCGCGGAAAAUGUUAAGUUUAAGAAACUCGAUAAACCCCGAUGUUGCACGUUUACCUAUGACUUAUGAAAAUGUUGGAUCAUCUUAUGUUGCACUCGUCGGACUAGGUACUUUCGGUGGUUCAACAACUUACAUGUCAUACUUUUUAAUGGUUGAUACUGGUAGCGAUAUUAUAUGGAUUCAAUGUCAAGGUGCUUAUUCUUCUUUUCCUCAACGAGAUCCCCUAUAUCCUGCAACACACUCAGGAACGUAUACACCUCUUACUUGUAUAGUGCCAUCAGGAGGGCGUACCAUUAACAACCCUUUAUGCUACCCAGGAUUAUGUAAUAAUCAAGGCUUAUGUAUUUACCAAAUAACUUACGAAGACGGCGCAGUUACAUCAGGUAUUUUGGCAAUAGAAAAAUUCACUGUAAGUACAGAUACCCAUGGCGUUCAAUCGUUUCCUAUUCUCAUGGGUUGCGGCCUUCAUCAAGUGAACUUCGAUUCUGAUGGCCUUCCUGAAUUUGGUGCUGGAGUACUCGGUCUAAAUGGACAACCUAAGUCUUUUCUAAGACAAUUAAAUUUAGGUAAAUUUGAAUACUGCCUGAGGCCACACACUGAUGGUAUGGACGGAACCCCUACGUACUUAAGAUUUGGUACAGACACGAUACUUGACCGUGGAGUUCGACAACCAUACAAAACUCAUUUAUAUGAGUAUGGCAAAGGUAAUUAUUUUUUGGUUUUGGAGGAUAUUAGUGUAAAUGGGAGUAGAGUCGGAUUUGAAAGAGAGGAUUUCGAUUAUGAUGAUUUCACCGGAAAUGGCGGUUGUUUAAUAGAUUCAGGGACUACUUUGACCAUGAUGCAGGAAAGUCACCUUAAUAAGCUUGCGAAUAAAGUGAAGGAGCAUUUUCGGAAUUUCCAGCUUGAUCCAAUUAUACCAUCUCCAGUGGAAGGUUUGGAAUUUUGUUUCCCAAAAAAUCGCGAGCGUUUCGAAUUUCCAAAAAUAACAUUCCACUUUCAGGAUGCGGAUUUUGAACUCAAAAAAGACGAACCGGAUACUUCUUUUUGGAUCACUGAUAAUUAUGUUUGUUUGGGUAUUGUUGGAGUGCCGGCCGACGAUACACCUUUUGAUGUCAUGUUUGGAGCAAUGCAACAAGCUCGCAAAAGGAUCUUAUAUGAUGUUGCGGGAGAGUCGCUCUAUUUUGCUGAAGAGGAUUGCAGACAAGACAACAUGCAAUCCAUAUAA